UUGUCAGAUAAUUACUUCUAACAAACAAAUAGAAUUCUCAUUCCAAUUUUGUUGUUGCUGUUGUUUUUGGUGGUUUUUUUUUUUGUGAAAAAUUCCAAGCCUUUAAAAGGCAGGUUUUGAAGUUGGGUGUUCACUGGUGCCUUUGCAGUCCUGAUCUUUCAUGCUUAGAAAUAGAAGAAAUGUACAGAAGAAUGGAAACUAACAGCACAACUUUUAACUACCUGUAAAUGCUGCAGUGGGAAAUGGGUCAAGUUUCCUCUCAACUGGAUCAAGAUAACAAUGUGCAUCUAAAUGGCUUCAUGCAAUGGCCUCAGCAAACUAAUGAUGAAAAGAAGGAGGCUGUGGGAUUAUUCGUUUCAUCUUCCCUGGAUGAUGGACGGAGAGAUAUUCACUACCGCUUUGGUGCCAUCUGGGAACGAGACACCAGAUUCUAGUAUGACCCUGGAACAGAAAGCAACCUUUGCCUUUGUGAUUUUAUUAUUUAUAUUCUUGGGAAUCCUCAUCAUUCGCUGCUUCCGAAUUCUCCUUGACCCCUACCGGAGUAUGCCAACCUCAACCUGGGCUGAUGGACUCGAUGGGCUGGAGAAAGGCCAGUUUGAUUACGCUCUUGCUUAGAGACUGAGAAUUACGGAGGGUUAUUUAGCACACUGAUAAAGAAAUACAGUUUCUGGAAUGUCUGUUCAUUUUGAUUUUUGUUUCAUUUUAUCAAAUAUUACGAAUUACAACAAACGAAUGUGCACAAAAUGGAUUUCAUUUUUUUAAAACUAAAUGUCAAAGAAAGUUAACUAACUUUUUGAAAGUAGAUUAGGGAAUCUCCUUGUAGGAAAACGAGGAGUGUUGCAUUAGCAGAACAUUGCUUUGAAAAGCACUGGAACAAUAUGCAGUACAUGUGAUCUCUUAUUACUGAAGCAAGUGUUUUCUGGGGUAGAUUUUAUCAUUAACAAAAUGCUGUGGUGGAAGGUGUCUUACAAACGCUGUAAGAAUAUGAUUUUAUGAUCUGUAUAUAGCAAAUAAACUCUACUUUCCACGCUCUGAAGACAAA